AUGCUCAUGGCUCUGGCCUCGCCGGCCAUCCGCAACCUCCCGAACAAUACCAAGAAGGCACUUAUCAAAUCAGGGACCAUCCAGGAGAUGAUGGUCGAGGCUAUGGUCGAAGGCGGGCACCGGAGAUGUCUUGCCAAGCGAAUCAUGGCGAGCAAGAUGGAGCGCAUAGGGGGUAUAGCAUUCUCGGUCGGGACCCAAUAG